CGGGCGGUAGGCCGAGGGCCGUCCGUAAGUCGUUCCUCUCUCGCUCCGAGCAGAUGAGCCGCUACUCGCUGCUGCUGCUCGGCGUGCUCUACGGCAAGACGCGCUGCGACUAUCUAAAGCCUAUUGCUGAGGAGGACAGGAGACUAGAAGCCGAAGAGAAAAAGAAGCGUGAAGAGCUGGAACGGAUUGCAAAAGAACUGGCAGAAGCAAGUGAAGAUUCUAUAUUGAAAUGAACAAAGCAGGUUGGACCUCUUCUUCACUAACAUGACAAAACCUUGAAUUAGUUGUUUAGUGGUUAAUGAACUUUAUUUGCUACUUCCACCAAUAAAUAUUUGUAAAC